AUGAUGAGAGUUCCUCAUGUGCACGUUCUUUUCGCAAUAUUCGUGAGGAAUAUUUAGUUUUACCAAUUAAAACAACCUUUUUAGGUAGUACAACUCGGAUUUCUUAUAGAAUUCUACCUUCUCAAUCAUUUUCUUAAGGACACAGGGAAAACGACAUCGGUGCGUUGAGUUCGAAAGAAAUAAAGGGGGAUAUGAAACUGAUAUUUUGACCAAGCUUAAAUGUGAAAAUGACAUUUCAAACUAUCUCGGAAUAAUCGUUUUUAGAAGAAUAUUCUUUCUGAAGGUCAAAGUUUCUUGCUAGAGUGUUCUGAGGCUUAAAAAUCUCUAUAAAUUAAUUGAAAUUGGCAUUUAGUCUAGUUAGUCAGUGAAAUCCGUUCAACCUGCCCUCAACAUUUCAACAAAAUCUAUUGGAAAGUCCACAGAUUCCUCAGAGAAUGAAAUUUUUUUUUUCUGAAUUUGAAUGGUUGUUGAUAAGUCUCUAGUUUUUUUUUAAUCUCAGCCCAAUCUGGAUCAUUCUGAAAUUGAAGUUGAAGAAACUGAUUAUACCACUUUACUUUUUUUUUAACGCGCUCGCCUGUUUUGAAACACUGUGGCCACUUAAAAGUGGUUGAAUGAAAAUAGUCGAUCCGUUGUUUAAAGGAGGAGAGACCCAAAAUGAAAUUCUUCGAAACCUUUUUUAUGCUCUUUAAAACAACCAAGGAAUUUUGAAGCAUUCAGUUCUUUUCAUCAACUUUUUUUUUUGAAAAAGCUUCACAAGAGUUGUAAAUCAAUUUCAGCUAGUGGUUGCUGGAUGCUUCGCUGGAAUCACAGGGCUACUGGCCUUCGGCCUUUUUGCUUUCUCUCUAGUCAAGUUGAGAAGCGGCCUCAACCCGAUGCCUGUACAUUCGACCUUUGAAACUAUUCAUUCGAUCAUGAGAGUUCAGGUGUUGAUCACGGUCGGCUUGUGUGUCGGCUCGAACAUCUGUUGCUUGGGCAGUUUGGGCUUUUUCUGCAUUUGGGGCUACGUGGAUACUGCGAAAGAAGAUCCCUCGGAGCAUGAAAUUCACAAAACCGCAUACAGUAUGAUGGUUUGAGCACGGUGAAUUUUCCGAGGAGAAGGAAGAGUUUCAGAUGACUCUAGGAUUGUCGACGAUAAUGAUUGGAACUCUGGUCGCUCUGAUCAAGAAGGCUGCAAAGGUAGCGGAGUUCGAGGAUGAACAGUAG